UUGAAAGCAAAAACACUUCAUAAUCAGUGUUUUACUUCGAUUUUACUCUUCUAUUUUUGAGAUCUCAGUGGAUCACAGGCCUGGUCAUAGUUACAAUCUUCAUUUUAUUCAUGCUCCAAGUCCUGUGAGUUUGAGCUUGGGAAUUCGCUGAUUUGAAGUUGAGAGAUUGAAAGCUGAGAUUUAGGGGGGUAAUCUAGUGUUUUGUGGUGCUGUGAACAGUGAAUUGUUUGGUGUUUCUGGGAGGUCAAUUGAGCUGGUAAAUAUGGCGUUUGACUUAGGGGUUGUACUGACAAAGAUGAGUACAUUAUCAGCUUCCUAUAACACUUCUGUGGUGUCAAUUAACUUAUUUGUGGCGCUACUUUGCGCAUGUAUUGUGAUCGGUCAUCUUUUGGAGGAGAAUCGGUGGAUGAAUGAGUCCAUCACAGCCCUUGCUGUUGGUUUGUGCACUGGUAUUGCGAUUCUAUUAACUAGUGGAUGGAAGAGCUCACAUCUGUUGCUUUUCAGUGAAGAUCUUUUCUUCAUUUAUCUCCUUCCGCCAAUCAUAUUCAAUGCUGGGUUCCAGGUAAAGAAGAAACAAUUCUUUCGCAACUUCAUGACUAUCACACUGUUUGGUGCAGUUGGUACCCUGAUAUCCUUUAUCAUCAUAUCAUUAGGGGCUAUUAAGUUUAUAAAGAAAAUGAAUAUCGGUUCUCUCGAGAUUGGAGAUUAUCUUGCGAUUGGAGCAAUUUUUUCUGCUACAGAUUCUGUUUGCACCUUGCAGGUGCUUAAUCAGGAUGAGACACCUUUACUAUACAGUCUAGUAUUUGGUGAAGGCGUUGUAAAUGAUGCCACAUCAGUGGUGCUUUUUAAUGCCGUUCAAAAUUUUGACCUAUCUCAUAUGAGCUCAAGCAUUGCUUUGCAGUUAGUUGGCAAUUUUUUAUAUUUGUUUAUCACAAGCACUGUGCUGGGAGUUGCUGUCGGACUGCUUAGCGCGUACAUUAUAAAAAAGCUAUAUUUUGGAAGGUAUGUAAAUGUUUCACUCGAAUUGACACUGCAUACUUGAAGAUUGAAUGAAAUCCCUGAUCAUAUAAACCAUGUGAAUCAAAGUUCAGAACAGGUAUAAUUUGUCAGAGUCAAGAAGAUGGUGCAGUUGUAGGUGAUUAAUAUUUGCUUUUUUACAUCUGCUUCUGCACCAGAUAUGUUGGUAUGACAUUGGUACAACAUAAUUGGUUUCUGGCUGGAUGUGCCUUAAAUUCUAUAGUAUAAGUUGACAUUGAAGAUAGAUUAUGCGAUGGAAAGAAGCACAAGGAAUUUGCCUUCUUUUACUGGGAUUACUAUUUAUACCUGAUUUUCUAAUGAACUCCAGGCAUUCC